GCUUCUCUAGUCUUUGAUGGCAACUGGCAACCACAAAAAAACAGUCAAAGAAUGCGAAAUGACAUGAUGAGGCCCAAAAAGAUGUUAUUUUCUGGACGAGGCCGAAGUUGUAAACGGGCUGAAUGUGUUGGGCCUUAACAAUGUGACACGCAUCUGGAGGCGAAUUGCUGGAUUGGAGCAGGAGGCCGCCACACCCAAGCUCCACACUUUGUUAGUGCCACCGCACCGCCGCAGCUCCAGCCUCGAAUGCCUUCAGAACCCAUGAAUAAAAAGAGAAGAAGAAAAAGAAGAGGCAAUACAUCACCACCACUACCACUACCACUACCACUACCACUACCAUCUUCAUCACCAUCGUCAGAACAAGAACAAGAAGAAGAACAAGAACAAGAAGAAGUAGGGCUUGUUGGGUUCCAUCUGAAGCCAUCCGCAUCCUCCAAAUCCCACACCAUCCAACCCCUCGGCAACCUCCUUCUCCUCUCCGGUUCCUCCUCCAAUGCCCGCGAUCCUGGCCUCGGCUCCCUCCGUCUCCUCCCCGAUGACCUUCUCCUCGACAUCCUCACCCUCCUCCCCGCCCCCGACCUCGCCCGCCUCGCCGCCGUCAGCAAACCCCUCUACGUCUUCUCCACUCACGAACCGCUCUGGCGCAACCUCGUCCUCAGCGACCUCGGUGGUGAUUUUCUCUUCAAUGGUUCCUGGCGAUCCACCUACUCCGGCCUUGUCUUCCCUCAUCCCUCCAUCUCCAUCCGCGACUUCUACUCCGACUACCUCUUCCAGAGCUGGCUCUGCGCCAACCUUGACAUGCGCCCGGAAUGGCUCUGCACUGACAACAUCGACCGCCGCCGCGGCAUUUCCGUCGACGAGUUCAUCGCCCGAUUCGAGGAGCCCAACCGGCCGGUGCUUCUCGAGGGAUGCAUCGAUGCCUGGCCGGCCAUUUCCAAGUGGGCACCUGACUGGCUGAUUAGGACUUGCGGCGAUAAGCGCUUCGCUGUCGGCCCGGUGAAGAUGACCAUGGAGCGCUAUUUCCGGUACGCUGCCGCCGCCAGGGAGGAGCGCCCUCUCUACCUCUUCGAUCCGAGGUUUGCUGAGAAAGCCCCUGAGCUGGGCUCCGACUACGAGGUUCCCGUGUUUUUCAGAGAGGACCUCUUUGGGGUCCUCGGGGAGCAGCGGCCGGACUACCGGUGGAUCAUUAUCGGCCCGGCAGGAUCGGGAUCGUCUUUCCACGUCGAUCCAAACUCCACCUCUGCUUGGAACGCCGUCAUCAAGGGGUCGAAAAAGUGGAUCAUGUUCCCGCCGGAGGUUGUCCCACCUGGAGUCCACCCGAGCCCGGACGGCGCCGAGGUUGCGUGCCCCGUCUCCAUUAUGGAGUGGUUCAUGAACUUCUACUCGGUUUGCAGAAAAUGGAAGAAGAAGCCCGUUGAGUGCGUUUGCAAAGCAGGUGAGGUGGUGUUCGUGCCCAAUGGAUGGUGGCAUUUGGUCAUCAAUCUUGAGGACUCCAUUGCCAUCACACACAACUUCGUAAGCAGGAGGAAUUUGUUGAAUGUUCUUGAUUUUCUGAAGAAACCGAAUGCAAGCGAGUUGGUUUCAGGAACAAAAGACAGAACAAGCUUGCAUGAUAAGUUUAAGAAUGCCAUUGAAGCUGCGUAUCCUGGAACUAUAGAUGAGCUCAUUCUAAAGGCAAAGGAGAAGAUUGCCAGAGAGAAGAAGCCGACAUUUUGGGAGUCUGUAGCUGAUGCAAAUGUUGGAGGUUUCAAGUUCUCAUUUUAACUGAUUGAAAAUGUGAUAUUGAAUUAUUCUCAUUUAUUAAUUUGUGCUUCAUAUGAACCAAUGGAAAGAAAACUCUCGUCAUUUUUCUUUCCUAUUUCUUUCUAUCCCUUAAAACAGACAGUAAGCUUUUUUGCCUCUAAUGCAAGGGCUGGUUAUGGAACCUGUUACUUCA